GAAGCCAAAUGAAGCUCUCCAAGUGUAGCAUGUGCAAUACACAAUGCUAACAUCGGCGAUUCGCUUUCAUUGCAUCAUGGAGCGUUGGCAUAACAAGCUGGCUGUUGUUACCGGUGCCAGUGGCGGCAUUGGAGCUGCCUGUGCUCGUGCUAUGAUUGGCGCUGGUUUGCGCGUCGUCGGGUUGGCGAGACGCGAGGCCAAAUUGAAGGAGCUUAAGGAGAGUUUACCUAAAGAUUUGCAGAAAAACUUUAUACCACGAUAUUGUGACAUAUCCAAGGAGGAGCAGGUGCUGAGCACAUUCGACUGGAUCGAACGUGAGCUGGAAGGUGCGGAUGUACUUUUAAACAAUGCGGGCAUAACUCGCGAAACGGAGCUUGUGACGCCGGGCAAUACGAAAAAGCUGCAAGAGGUCAUCGAUACAAAUGUCAUGGGCGUUAUUUGGUGUACGCGGGCAGCCUUCAACAACAUGCUGAAGCGCGAUGUAGAAGGACAUGUGGUGAUCAUCAACAGCAUUGCGGGUCAGCAGGUGUUGAAUUUCAUUGAUGUAUUGCCAUCGUUCAACAUCUAUCCAGCCACAAAGUUUGCCAUCACAGCUCUGACCGAAACAUAUCGUCAGGAAUUUCAGCUGCACAAGAGCAAAGUACGUGUGACGGGGAUUUGCCCGGGCGCAGUCAAUACGAAUAUAUUUCCCGAGGAAAUACAUUUCUAUGUUAAGGAUAUGGCAAGACUAGAUCCCUCAAAUAUAGCCGAUGCGGUGCUCUAUGCACUAAGAACACCUCAGCACGUCCAGAUACACGAAAUAACUAUUAAGCCAAUGGGUGAACUUUUUUAAGCUACACUUGCAAUUUGAUUUA